AUGCAAUGUGUGGAGGCCACGCUCGGCCAAAACUCCUUCGUGGCCGUCCUUGAUCGCGACUUCCUCCUCAUCAACGUCGCCGACUUCGUUGCGACGGGGGGGAGCCUCGCUGGCGAGCGGGCUCCCCAAAACCCACCAAGUGUGGCACCCUCCGACCUGCCUCGGCCACCGACACCCCCACCACCGCCGGCGCGGCGACGGGCACACGCACCCUCGGCUCCUCCUGCAGCUUCUGCAUCUGCGGUUCGCCCACCCAAACCAACGCGGCCCAUGGCCCGGCGCAGCCAAAGCAAAUCCCAAACAGCCUACGCGCCGAGGUGGUACGCGGAGGAAUCGGCCCGCGAAGCGCAGGGUUUGAGGAGGCGCCGAUUCGGAUUGCGCUCGGCCGCUGCCUUUCCCAAAGGCUUGCGGCGCGCUGCCCACGGCCCUGCCUCGACCCUUGUGAUCUGCAAAACGCCACUUUUUCCUUUUCCAAUAUAA